AUGUCUUCGCAGACUUCCAGAACACUUUCCUCGUCGACGGUGGCGGCAUCAUCCUCACUCUUCGACAGCCUGAAGCUGCCACGCAGUGAAGCCCUCGCCAGACUACGGACCAACACCAUCGGGAUCUUUAUUCUCACAGUGCUCACCACCUUACUUCCUCUGCCUUCUCUGUGGACCGCUCUCUCCAUUGUCCGUAGCCACGCGCCAGUGAGCACGCUGUACUACACGCUGUGUCUGCUUGAAGUCCUCGCAAUAUUUGUGUUCAGUACAAACAUUCUCCAGGCAUCUUAUGCCCUGCGGUAUCCUCGGGUGUCGCAUCCACCACCACCACCCUCUCCGGCCAAGAACAUCAACAUGUCACCUCUGGCGCGUCCGUUGAAAGGACUGUCAGCAAGUACUAGCUCAAGCCCUCAGCGACAAAAAUCAUUCACUUACGCGACCUCACCUGUCUCCACUCCCUCCCGCACAAUCAAUUAUACUAUUCCCUCCUCAGCAAACGCGCCAUUUGAUACGUCGUUUGCCUCGUCCCUUCCAUCCCCUCCUGCUUCCCCCGCGUCUCCGCUGGCCGCCUACAGAGGCAAGCACGCUUCUGCCGUGGGCCGCGCGUUUGACGGCUCUCUGCUCAGCCGGCUGGCACGUGUUGAGUCUGACGAUGACGACGAUUGA